UCUCCCCCGACGGAAGCUCGAGUGUCUUCGGCGGCGCCGCAUGAAAACAAAACAUCACCGCACACAGUGAAAGUUUACGAGCAGAGUAGAGAAGAAACGCUGCAUCUGACACAAGCAGCGCCGUGUGAAGAUGACAGUGUGCAACUUUUUUCUUCAGGGCCGUUGUCGUUACGGUGAUAAAUGCUGGAAUGAGCACCCGAGGGGAGGACGAGGAGGAGGAGGAGGAGGAGGUGGAGGAGGUGGUGGAUACAACAACAACUACAACCGCUCUUCUGCUCCGCAGCAGCCCAGAGGAGGAGGAGGUGGUGGUGGUGGAGGUUUUGGAAACAGAGUUUGGGUGAAUCCCUCCCAGCAAAAAGGAGGCAGCUACAUCCAGCCGUCAUCCUUCUCCUCUCAUGGAAGUGAUGACUGGGGUCGAGGAGGAGGAGGAGGAGGAGGAGGAGGAGGUGGCAGUGACUGGGGAGGAGGAGGUGGAGGAGGGAGGAGGGAUAACGUGAAGAGUGCUGAAUUCAGCUUCUCUGGGCAGAACAGAUUUUCAGCGCUUGGUACUCCCAGCACUUUUGACAAGGGAGGAAGAGGAAGAGGAGGAGGAGGGGCUGGAGUAGCAGUUGGUGAUGAAGAUGAUGACAAAAAACUGGAGAUGAUCCAGAUGGACAUGGAUAUUUGGGAGAGCUCAGGGCAGUGGGGCUUCUCUUGUUAUUCUGGCUUCAAGACACCUUUGUCUGGUUUCACUGAUCUCUCUCCAGAAGAGCUCAGGUUCGAGUAUUACUCCACAAGAGCAUCAGGAGAUCUGCAGGGCUAUGUUAAUGGUAUCAAUCAGUUGCUAAGUCAGUGGAGAAGCAGAGUCCAAGAGUUGAAGAUUAUGAGUCCAGCCACCCGUGCAGCUGUGCUUGCAGAGUUAAACAAUCCAGCACCUCAGGCAUCAUCCGGUGAUUUUGGUUCAUCAUCAGUGACUGGAUUUGGGUCCUCUACAUCCAAUUUUGGAAGCAAAGGAUUUGGGGCCCCGGCACCAGCUGAGGCCAGCAGUUUCAGCUUUGCUGCUCCAACUGGUGGAUUUGGUUCUUCAGCAGCACCAUCAUCCUCCACAGGUUUCGGCAGUGCUCCUGCAGCAGCUCCUACACAACCACCCUCUGGGUUUGGCUCCUCCUCUGCUGCUGCUACUUCAUCUUCUAAUUUCUCCUUUGCAUACCCGACCACCAACAAGCCAGCGGCUUCAGGAUUUGGCUCCGCCUCUGGGUUCAGCUUCUCCUCGACAGCAAACAGCGGAGGAGGAUUCGGGAGUGGUUUCGGGGCUGAAGCACCUGCUGCAACAGGAAGCAGCACUUCAUUUGGACAGACAAGUGGAGGGUUUGGGACAGCUGCUGCACCUCCUGCAGCAGGAGCAGGGUCUGCUGGAGGGGCAUCGGACAGUCUGUUUUCACCUGAGAGCAAACUGACUCCAGAAGAACUGAGUCAGUUUAAGGCAAAAAGGUUCACUCUAGGUCAGAUUCCUUUGAAGCCUCCCCCAGCUGACAUGUUGGUGGUAUGAUGCUGUGGGGAAACGUUUAAAAAUUUUAUUUGAAAUAAAGAGAUAAUUUAUAAGUGAGAUUUUUUUCUGCAUAGAACAUUUGUUAAAAGCAAAUUUAUAUAUUUCUCAUUUUUAAGAUGCAGCCAAUGUAUUGGUUUUAUUAGGAAAAACACAUCACGAAUGUGCUUGCAUUGGUUCCAAUUAGGAUUUUCAUUUACAAAUUAUACAUUAAGUACACCUGCAGCAUACACACUACAGCUUUUUAAAUGGUAUUUUUAAAAAGAGAACUAUUUUUGAGUUACUGAACAAUUGAAUGUCUUAUACUGGUUGGAUUGUUGUGAAUCAUUUUGCCAUAGUUAACUAUCUGUUGAGAUACUGACAGUUAAGUGAUCAACAGCUGAUGAGCAAGUUUAGAAAUAAGGAACUAUGUGUAUGAGUUUGUGAUGACUCAAACUUGAUAAAGACAUUAAAAACGUGCCUACA